AUGGAAUCCGAGAUCCAGCUUCGUCUUCGACCCCAAGCCCGGUCUAUCACUUCGAGCCCGAGUGAGGUUGAUAACAACCAUGAUGAACAACAGCUUCCCCCGAUGGACGGCGGGAAGCAUGCCUGGCUCUUCCUCGCAGCCUGUUUCAUGAUCGAGGGGUUGAUAUGGGGCUUCUCCUUCGCGUUCGGUAUCUUCCAGGAUUACUACAGCACCCAUGAGCCCUUCAAGGGAUCCUCCAACAUCGCUGUCAUCGGAACGUGCGCAAUGGGUGUAUCCUAUCUUCUCUCUCCCAUCACUUUCGGCAUCCUCCUCUCCUUCCCGAGGUUGCAGCGCUGGGCUGCCCCCGCGGGCUUCGUGACUAUGGCCCUGGCCAUUGCGCUGAGCUCCUUCUCCACCACCACGACGCACCUGAUUGUGUCUCAAGGCGUCUUCUAUGGCCUCGGAGCAAGCAUCGCCUACACGCCUACCAUCAUCUUUAUGGAUGAGUGGUUCGCAAAACGGAAGGGGCUGGCCUUUGGAAUCAUGUGGGCGGGAACAGGCCUUGCGGGCGUCGUUCUCCCCGUAACGUUGCAGUGGUUGCUGGACAGCUAUGGCCACCGUUUCACUCUACGCGCCUGGGCAGUGAUCCUGUUUGUUUUGGCCACUCCACUGCUCUACUUCGUCAAACCCCGCGUCCCCAUCUCUGCAUCGACGAACGUGCGGCCCUUCAAUCUCACCUUUGUCCUCGACCGUACAUUUCUCAUCUACCAGGCGGGCAACAUCAUCGAGGCGCUGGGGUACUUCCUUCCCACGAUCUACCUGCCGACCUAUGCUCGCUCGAUCGGGGCCAGUAGUCUCACGGCAUCGCUAACAGUAAUUCUCCUUAAUCUUGCCUCAGUGUUUGGCUGUAUCAUCAUGGGUACGCUGGUGGAUCGGUGCCAUGCAACAACAUGCAUUCUCAUCUCGACUGUCGGAACUGUUCUGGCGACCUUCCUGCUGUGGGGUUUCUCGAUUAGUUUGGCACCGCUAUUCAUCUUCUGUGUGGCAUAUGGCAUCUUUGCCGGGUCAUUCAGUUCUACCUGGCCCGCGGUUUCGGGUGAGGUACGGAAGAAGAAUCCCUUCGCCGACCCGUCUAUUGUACUGGGAUUUUUGUGCUCCGGUCGGGGCAUUGGCAAUGUAGUCAGUGGUCCUUUGAGCGGUGCCUUGUUAGCGGGGGAGCCAUGGGAAUCAUCCGCAUAUGGAUAUGGCAGUGGAUACGGGGGGUUGAUUGUGUUUACAGGGAUCACAGCCCUGCUGGGAGGAUUGAGCGUGCUGGCCCGGCCAUUGAAGUGGUUGUAA